CACGCGUAAGCGAAUCAGUUCAACACUGUUUGGGUCACUACGAACCCGAAAGAAAAACACAAUACAUCAGCAUCAAUUACAAUAACCACGUGGCCUGGCCAGGACCAGAUGAUAGCAAAACAAAAGUUAUUUAAGUUUCCAAGUGUGCCGAUUUUAUCUUCAGUUUUUACGUGGAGAAAUAUUUUUAAUGGUAUCGGAAUUUCAAGUCAUCAGCCCGUGGCACAUAACGUUUUUUGAAGUAGGGAGCUUAUAGUAAAAGAAAAUACUGACGAGUUCCUGUGGUCAACAUUACGACUUGCAUUUAGUAACUUGGUGUAAACGUGUGGAAAAUUCAAAAAUAAAUCUAUAAUUAUAAAAAUUAUAUGCGUGUGUGACAAAUUUAAGUUUCAUUUAAAACUCAAGUAUUAGUACAAAAUAUGGAUUUCAAAAAACUUCAAGAAUUUAUGGAAUUAUUAGGUCGACUCAAGCACAUGCCAAGAACUGGAUGGGUCUUGCGAAAUAUCACAGAUUCUGAAUCGAUUGCUUCACAUAUGUAUCGUAUGGCUGUGUUAUCAUUUCUUGUGGACACACAAGAAAAUUUAAAUAAACAGAGGAUAAUGCAAAUGGCACUGGUUCAUGAUCUCGCAGAAUGUAUCGUUGGUGACAUUACUCCUUAUUGCGGAGUAUCAGCUGAAGAAAAACAUAGGAGAGAAGACAAUGCUAUGAUGGAAAUUUGUCAAUUAUUAGGAAAUAAAGGAUCGGAAAUAUUGGAAAUUUUCCGGGAGUAUGAAUCUCAGCAAUCACCUGAAGCUAAAUAUGUAAAAGAUUUAGAUCGUUUGGAUCUCAUUUCUCAAGCUUAUGAGUAUGAAAAGCGAGAUGGUACUCCGGGGAAGUUAGAAGAAUUUUUCACAAGCACGGUAGAUAAAAUUAGUAAUCCAUUUCUGAAAAAGAUGGCUUCUGAAAUUACAUCUCAAAGGGAGGAAAAAUCCGAAAGCACAUCAGCAGUAGAUUGUGGGGAUAGUGAUAUAAUAUAAAUAUAUUCUCAAUCGUUAUCUUUUAUAUUUUCGAAAAUAUCAAUAUGUUAGUUUUAACAUAAUCAUCUUCAGUAUUUAAUAUUAAUAAUAAGCCACAGAUAAUUAGUGUUCAAAUUAAUUUAAUAUAUUACUUAUAAGAAUAAUUGACUGCGUAUCAAUUUUUAUAAAAGUGUUCUUUUAUAAUUAGUAAAAUUAAAUAAAAAUGUGUUCGUUUCCACGAAAAUUAUAUGAUUCAAAU